CGCGACGUUUCUCUCUUUGGCUUUGUCUAAUGGCAUUGUUCGAAGGGCUAACAAAGCCAACAAAGACUAUGCACGACUAGAUAUAAAGAUGGAAAUGGCAUCCCCAGGUUCUAUAACGCCUUCUGCUAAGCUCUCCUCACUACCUGUCUCUAAAGUUCUCGUGCGUCUCCAUCCCAAUGUUCACCAAUCCCCUCCACCCUACUAUCCUUAAUUCCAACCGGUCUGUAUUCUCUGCUCUGGGACCUGCAAUCAUCGGGACAUCUGACUCUUCCUUGCCUCGAAACUGGAAAUGCCUGCCGCAAGUCCCAAUCUCUCAGUGCGAGGCUCUCGUAUGCCGUCAUCCCCAAUCCCCUAUCAUAUUCGAGAUGCGUGGCGUUAAGCAAAAGGGAAUUUCAGUGCAAGACUUGAUUACCAGAGGUCCCGCCGAAAUACCGCGGAUGCUUGUUGGAGGAAACGCUAUAUACCUCCGAGGUGGCAUGAAACAGAUGUAUAUCCGUUUUCAGUGGCUCGGAUAUGAGCACCUCAAUUUUUUUACCGAGAUCAAGGUCGAUCCCAGUCAGGGUAUACCCCUCGCUGUUCUUGCUCAAGAAUUGGGUAGAAAAAUCAACAGCUUUUAUUCUGUGGCCCAGUACUCGUUUUGCUCCAAUGAACAAUGGCGCAUGGGCGCUCGCAACAUCCGUCUCGAACAGUUAAUCCUCCUUUCGAUGUGGAACACGCACGAGAACUGGUGGCAGGCAGAAAUCGCCAUAGCCUUUCCCGGUUACUGAUAUCAACUCUCAGCCAUUGGACCUUUUCGCUUCUCGCAUAUUUUAUUCUUCGGCAUCUAGACACCAUAUACACCGGUGGCAUACACUGUAUCAUUUGCAUCUGUCCUCC